AUGAGCAAUCCUAACAAGACUCUGUUGCAACAGAGCAUGGUACUGCCGCUUUUGAAGCUAGGAACCCUAGCUCUACGAACUAUCUGCAAACCCAUCGCUAAUCGCCUCAAAAAAGAAGCUGGAGUUAACCCUGGAUUCCGUCAAUUCAUCGUCAACAUUGCACAGGCGAAUCAUAGAUUUACGACGAAGUUACAAAGACGGGCUUCUGGUCGUAUAACUGAUGCAGUGAUUCGUCCUUUAAACGAAGAGAGAGCUGUUCAAGCCGCUGCAGAUCUUCUCGGGGAACUAUUCGCCUUCACGGUUGCAGGGGCUGCUCUUGUCUAUGAGGUACAGAGAAACGCCCGAGGAGAAGCGAGAAAAGAAGAGAAGCGACAACAAGAACUAGCGGUUUUCAGACGCAGACACGAGAAGAUGGAGAACGAAAUCGAAGAGAUGAAACAAAUAUGCCGCGCUUUUCAUGAAGAGCUUUCUAAGCCAAUAGAGGUUCCUAAGCCAAAAGAGCUUCCUAAGCCAAGGGGAUUAGCUUGGCUCUACAACUUCAUGUGUUAUCAAAGUGCUCCUAAGGAAAUACAACAGGAGAGCUAA